AAAAAAAAAGCUAUCUCAGAUCUCACGUCUUGAUCUGAAGCCACUCAAUUUCGAUUUUACAGAUGAAGAAAUAAACGAAAAAAUAUCCGUUAUGAAGUGUAAGAACCCAACAGACUUAAAUAAAGACACGAUCAGAUUAUAUCUUGAACAAACCAGAAAUUAUAGACGACAUUGGAUAGAGUCAAAAAAACCUACAAUUUCUGAUAUUUUUAAUUUUCUAAUCUUGUAAUAAUAAUAUUUCUUAAUAGAUUGAUGAAGAAUUCAAGCAUUUAUAUCCAAAGUCGGCUGAGAAUUUUAUUACAAAAUUUCCAACGUUGUAUGCACCUAAAAUUUUAUCUUAUGCUAAAAAAUUUCGACAAGCAUUAUAUGUUGAAUCAACUUCAAUGAAAGACGAUAAUUUAAGAGCAUUACUGAUUCUUGUUGAACAUCUUCCAAUGCCUAAUGCAUCUUUAAAGAAAGGUAAAGGAUUAGCUAAAGGCAAAAGUCUGAGUAAAGGAAAAAAAAGAAAAUUGGAUGAAAGCGAUGAAAAAAUCAUUUUAACUAAGAAAACAUUCCCUAACGAAUUUUUGUUGAAGAUUGUGCCAGAUGGAACAAACCUGGUUGAUUUUGUGCAAAAAGUCAGACAGCGUUACAAUGAGAGCGUUCAACCUUAUCUCAUCACCAUUUCUGGACAGGGUGGUAACAGAACAUUCGUUCAGGGAGAUGAGUGGUUGAUCCACACUCAUCCUAGGAGUCAACCUAUUGUAGCUGAGAUGUCCGAUGAUUAG